AUGGAUCCAGAUGAAAUAACAAUCGGUGGAAAGAAGGUAUCUCCCAAACAAACUAUUAAAUUUAAGGGAACGGAAACCAAAGAAUAUACCCUUGAGCAGGUUUUGUUCUACCUGCUGAACAAGGAUAAGAAGUAUACUGCAUAUAUGACGUUAUGCCGGGAAAGUGGGAUAGGGAAGAUAUACUAUACAGACCAGAAGAUUAUUGUAGAGGAAAUUGAAAGUUUCAAGGAGGCGACCAUUGAAGCCAAGAUUGAUGGACCAGACUUUCGAUACAUUGGAUUCCGAGACUACAGUUAUUUAGAUGAUCUUUGUAAGAAAGAAGGUGAAAGCAAGCCAACAGUUUAUUAUAUCGUAGUUCCCCAGUCUGUAUCUUCUCCUGUAAAUCUGAGUAACAUCAAGGAGUUUUUUGAAGAGGGCAAAUGCUCUGAAGGGAUCCAGAUCAGUGAAGUUGAGAAGGUGGAGUUAAACAUUGAUGGAUAUAAGUUUGCUGCGGUGGAUGAUGUAUCAAGAUUUACAUCUGAGGAUUGGAAGAGGGUUGUAUGUAUAUUUCUUGAUGGAACAAAAUGGCAAGUUAGCAGAUGGAAUAUAAGAGAUGUAGGAGAGAUAUUCAACACCAUACCAACAUUCUAUUUUAUUAAGAGGGGAGCUCCAGGAAAUUUUUACAUAAAGAACUGCAAUGUUAUUGGGGUUGAGACUCACGGUGGGAAGGUGGACAAGCCUACCCUUAGCUCAAUAAGAAAAAGAAUUAAAGACUGUAUUCUAGGGAUGUGA